AUGUCAAACUCAUGUCAUAUGUCAAAAGUGAAAAUUUGUACAGUUUGUAAAUAGGAAGAUAAUUGAUUGCAGGAGUUGUGUUUAUCAACUAUCGAUGUUUUUAUCCUUUUGUUAUGUGCUUUUGAAUAAUUAUAUACUAUAUUGGAAUGUAGAUUUAGUGAAAUAAUAUAUUUAUUUGUGUAAAGUAAAUAAAUUCAAAAAUGGAGCCCGCGCUUUCCUCUGACGAUAGCUGUGAUUCCGAAAUGAAGAUAAUGAAGAAUGAAUUGAUCGAAUUUGGAUUGGAGGAAGACAAUCUCAGCAAAGAAGAAAUGACUGACCUUUUGAAAGCUUUGAAGAAUUCAAAAUCGACAGAACAAGAAGAUGAAGUAGCACGAGACAAAGUAAAUGUUGAGAAUACUGAUUGUCCUUCUCCAAAAAAAAAUAUGAAAAGGAGGUAUUUAAAUGUAAGAGACAGACGUUUGCCAUGGAGCUUGUUACCCACGACUAUAACACCAGCUGAGAAGGCUCGGACACUAGCUGUGUAUAUCAAACUUAUGUCUCUGAACAGCUACCACCAGGCUAGACAGUCUGCUAACUUUGCUGCCUGGCCACCACCGCUACAGAUUGUGGAAGAGACCACAAGAGUACAACCUGUGAGGUCAACAAGAAGUGGCCGCUCUGUGCCUGUAUAUGCUGAUUUUGAUGAUGACUCCUCAGACCUAGACUUUGUUGUCACUAAAUCUAAGAAGAGAAAGGUAUCUACUAGUGAUCAUAAUGGAAGUGAUGGCAUAUAUACCAACAAAGUUUUAAGUCUAAAAAGAAAACCAUCCAAGGAUGAGAACAAUAGGCCAGUGAAGGAACCUAAACUGAAUACAGACAAUAAAUUAGAGGUUGUAUCUUCAGUAAUUCCUGUAAAGCCUAAGAAAGAUCUUUUUACUAUAAUUGAAGACUGAAGACCUCCUGUUCCAAUAUUUGGUACUUUAGAAACUUUUGAAUGAUAUUUGAAGGAACUGCAAAUGUGCUUUCAUUCUUUGAGAUGUCUGUCAUAUAUUAUAAUCCAAAUGUAUGGAAUUAAAAUUAUGUAUGGAUGUCAGAAAACAAAGCUUUGAUCUGUAGUCAAAGACUUAUAGAUUUUGUAUAUAAUAUAGUAUAUAGUGUAUUGUAAUCAGAGAUAUAGAUUCUAAAUGCUUUCUGAUGCAUGAAAGAAGUAUUGUAAUUUUUUUGUAAAGGUGAAAACCAUGCAUGUUAAAAUAUUAUAUUUAUUAUACCUGGGGCCUUACGAAGAAUGUUUCAACUGUUAGCAGGGAAUACACAAAUUAAAUGCUUUUUUGUUAUUUUACCUAAUUUAACAUUAGAUGUGAUGAUUAGAUACCUCAAAGUAAUUUUUCAUGUCCUUAUUCAAAAGUUCUUCAAAUAUAAUCCAAAGUACUACUAUAUAAUUCAAAUAUAAUCCAAAGUACUACUAUAUUUUGCAUUAAAAAGUUUAUUAGAUUGCAUUUAUUAGCUGACUAUUAUAUUUAACUUACAGAGUUAAUAUUAAAUAUAAAAAAAUAAUGAAUAAAUACUGAGGGGUAUUAAUACCACUACUACUGUUAGCUUAUGUAAAUCAUUAAAAAAAACAUUUUAUAUUUAAAUUUUCUUCUACCAGCCUAAGCAUACUCCUUAGAAAAUGUGCUUUGAAAGUAUUAUACAACUUAUGGCUCUCCAGGAAGAUUCUUAUAAGAUGAAGAAGUCGAAUGACAAAUAAUCGAAUGCCAAUUGAUCGACCACUAUAAAUCGAAAUUCUAAAUACUCGAACAUUCAUAAUAUCGAAUGGUUAUUAAAUCGAACAUUCAAUACAUCGCACAGUCAAUACAUCGAGUGUUCAAAAUAUCGAAUGUUCGUUUGAUCGAGCGUUAAAUGCAUCACAUAUUCAUCUUAUCGAAAAAUCUUUAUUUUUUAUGACAACAAGAAAAACUCAAAAUUUACUAAUAAAUCACAUUUUAAUCUUUAAUUCUCAUCUUUUAAAGGUAAAUUUUAAAAUUUUGUGUGAAUUGAAAAGGAAAACGCGGGAUUGGGAAGACCUACCUUACAAAAAAGAGGCAAAAGGGAUGAUAAUGCGAUUGAAAAAAUGUUAAAUAAUAAAAACUACAUUAAAAUUUAUAAAUUAUUCAUAAAUUUUGAGUUUUUCUUGUUUUCAUAAAAAAUAAAGAUUUUUCUAUAGGAUGAAUAUGUGAUGCAUUUAACGCUCGAUCAAACGAACAUUCGAUAUUUUGAACACUCGAUGUAUUGACUGCGCGAUGUAUUGAAUGUUCGAUUUAAUAACCAUUCGAUAUUAUGAAUGUUCGAGUAUUUAGAAUUUCGAUUUAUAGUGGUCGAUCAAUUGGCAUUCGAUUAUUUGUCAUUCGAUUGGGCAUAGUACACCCGAUGAAGAAAGUAUAUAAAUGCUUAAAUAUAUUCAAAUUGUGUUUAUAUGGCUGUUUGGUUACUGCUUAUAAAACUUGUGUAGUGGUGCCUGAAUAAAUAUGAAUAAUUCUCAAAUGGAGUAUAGAUACAUAAUUUGGAGCUUUCCUUGUGACUGGUAAUAGUCAGUUACUAAUAUAAGAUAUUCCAUGUAAGGUGCCUAAGAUUGCAGCUAAUAGCUCCCCUCGUGGAUAGCGCUAAGUCAUUUAUCUACAUAGAAAUAAUAAAUAAUAUGGAUUCUC